GUUGCACACACUCUUUGGUAGAAAGAUGGUCCUCAAAUUACUAAUCUUGACAAAACUUGUUGGGUUAUCCAGUUCCGCCUGUCCUAGCAGUAAGGAUCAGGAAAUCAAAGGAUUAUGCUUCACAUUUAUGCCAUACCAACUGACAUAUAAUGCGUCCCGAAAUUAUUGCCAUCAUAAUAACCCUGUCGGUUUUUCCAAUUUGGCAUAUGUGCCCGAUAAGGAAACAAGCAACUAUUUGGCAGUUUACGCCCACUCAGCAUUUGGCUCGGCUGCUGAAAACUUUUGGAUUGGGCUGAGUCGAGAUCCUGUUUCUAAAUCCUUAUCUUGGGAUAACGGUUUUCCAGUCACUUAUACUAACUUUGGAAGCCAUGUUGGAAAAAAUUACUUCUCUGAGAAAAUCUCCAAUGCAAAGUGGGAUACACUGGGAGAUAACGAUAAGAGUUAUUUUGUGUGCAGUUAUGAUCCAGCUGUUAAAUCAACGACGCAAAGUGUUACUAAAACUACUACAACGCCCGAUUCCAGCAACUGCCAAGUCGGGGGUCCACAAACGGUUCUUUUCGCCUACUCCAACGACUUGAAUCCAUUCAUCGUGAUGGAUACACUGCAACGUUCGUCUCUUGAUUCUCAAAACGUAAGUUUUGCGAUUUCGAGAUUUGAUUUACCACAGCCUGAAGACAUUGCUUAUUUCACUACUUAUAAUCAAGCGAUGUCAUACGUUUCUUUGCAUAAGCCAAAUGUUUCAUUAGGAUUUAAUGAUACUACGAGAGGGAGCAAUGUGUUGGAUGUGAUUGAUAUGUUCUACAACAACACUCAAACCCCUUGUGGAUCUUUCGUUAUCGUUUUGUCAAAGCGAUACCCCAAUACUCUGGACAUAUCAAACAUUGUCGCUAAAGUUCGACAACGUCAUGGAAUGGUCAACUUUCUUGCUUCCAAUACACCAUCCGGUGGAACACAGUCGCGGGUGUUAUAUGAUCUUUCUUCACAAACUAAUGGAGUAUACGCUAUUACUCGUGAUACAUCUUUCUCUUCGACCAUUGACUAUAUUCCAACACGCGAAAGAUAUCCGAUAUACGCUGUCACCCCAAGAGUGUCAGGCGAGGGAUCUCAAAUACUUCCUCCAAUGACCGUGCUAGUCCAUGCUAGCUAUUUGCUGUCGUUAUCAAUUCAAAGUCAUGUUCCAACUAAUAAUGUCAAAGAUGUUGAGUUGUACUGGCGUAAUCCAUCAUCUACCAACACGGGCUAUUUUGGAAUGCCAGUCGCGAGCUGGGGAUUUUUUGAUUUCAAUAGCGAUGGUACACAUGCCAAUCUUGCCGCGGACGUUUAUAACAUCACCAUCAAUUAUGACUACACGAAUAGUGAUGUCGAAGUUGUGCAAGUUCGAUUCUACAGCUCAUCCCCAACAAACUAUUGGAUGCCGUAUUCUGAUUAAGUACAGUGAUGUUUUAAUUUAUUGUUAAUAAAAUAUUUUUAUAUUU